AUGAUGGGCAAACUGCUGCAGAUAUGCUUGCCCCAGCUGCUGGUCCUCGUGUGCUGGGCCUCGAACACCACCACCGGCGAAGACGCGGGAGCACAGCUCCGCGGAGGGCGGGCACUGAGUGGCAUGGGACCACCCGUGAGGGCCAUGGAUUACAAGGGCGUUGAGUGGAAGCCGAUCACCGUGGGCGGGACAGGUGUGAAGCAUAUCUUUGCCAUCGGCGAUUGGGGAGGCAUGGACGGCUCUCUGAGCCCAUGCUGCGGCCGCCCUCGGAUCAUCGCCUACUCCGGCGGCCACACCCCCGGGGCCCACGUCUUCCCGCGAAGCAGGUGGGAUCGCGCCCAUCAGAACCUACUCUGCAACCACAAAGACUUCGUCGAGUGCUUCAACACCCACGGUUCGCGAUGCCCAGCGGGAUGUGGCUUCGUUCCCGAGGUUGACACCCGCCCGCAGUACCUGGUGGCAGAUGUCUUCAAGCGGCGGGCGGCCGCCGCCAACCCAGACUACAUCUUGAACGUGGGUGACAACUUCUACUGGGGCGGCAUCGAGGUGGACUGUGGAAGCUCCAUGGGAGGUAUUUCUGGAACUGCCCGCCAUCAGUUUGACAACAUUUACGAGGGCAUUUACAAUGGUGCUGGCUUGGACGGCAAGCCAUGGCUCAGCGUUCUUGGAAAUCACGACUGGGGAGGCAGGCAGUUCUACAACGGAUGGGAUCAGCAGAUUGCCUACACCUGGGCAAGCCCGCGCUGGCGCAUGCCGGCACCGUACUGGUUCCAGCACGUCGACUAUCCAGACCUCGGCUUCACCGUGGACAUCAUCAUGCACGACAGCAACGCCAUGGAUGCCAAGGACCCGGGAGAGGAUCCGGAUCACAACAUGUGCAGUCGCAAGUACAACCGUCCAGAUGCCAGCUGUGCCUCCACGGGUGGACCAGCUUCAGUCGACUCAUGCAAGGAUUGGUUCUGGGCCCUCUACGCAGAGCAGAAGCCUUGGGUUGAAGGCAAGCUGAGAAGCUCUCGCGCCACCUGGCAGAUCAUGGUCACGCACUUCCCUUGCGGCCACGACUCUGGGUGGUAUCGCAGCCUGCACACCUCCUAUGGUUUGGACCUACUUGUGACGGGUCAUCGCCACGACCAGGAGCUUGGCUCUAACUGGGGAGCCCUGGGUGGCAUGAUGUGCAUCGUUACCGGUGGUGGCGGCGGCAUAACAUCGGAAGCCUCGCCCUGGGACAAGUCGCAGUGGUACGGAGAGGGCCAGUAUGGCUUCUACGACCUGACUAUCUCCGGGUCUAGCAUCUUCAUCGAGUCCAUCAACUACGACGGGCGCGUGCUGAAGAGCGCCACCGUGUACCCAAAAUGA